AUGUCUAUAACUGGGGCAAGUGAGAAGGUUGCUGCCCAGGCUUUGAAGGCCAGUGAUUGGCAUCUAGAAGGAGCAUUUGAUGUGUUCUACAGCCAGCCUCAGGCUAGAACAUAUACCGAUUCUAGACAUUUGGAAGAGCUUUACAACAGAUAUAAAGAUCCUUAUGUCGAUAUGGUACUGGUUGAUGGUAUCACUGUCCUUUGCAAUGAUCUUCAGUCAAACAUCACCAUUGGCCAUGAACCUCAAAAACUGAUUGGAUAUCCUGAUGGAAUUUUAAAAAUUUAUCAGAAGAUGGACAAGUUAGUUGUGUCAUGGCACAUGAAGGCUGCCACCAUGUGUGAAUUCUCCAAGCAGGAAUUCAUUGGUGGAUUACAAGCACUGGGGAUAGAUUCUCUUGAUAAGUUUCGUGAAAGAAUACCAUAUAUGCGCUCUGAGCUGAUGGAUGAACAGAAGUUUCGUGAAAUAUACAACUUUGCUUUUGGCUGGGCAAAAGAAAAGGUACACGCUGUUGUAUAUAAAGCAUGCACCUGGGGUCAAAAAUCGUUGGCAUUGGAUACAGCAAUCGGUAUGUGGCAACUGAUGUUUGCUGAAAAACAGUGGCCUUUGGUGGAUCACUGGUGCCAGUUCUUACAGUGUGCUUCUGUGCUGUUAACCAGGCUCGGCAUAAUAAAGCAAUCUCCAGGGACACUUGGUCUCAACUAUUGGAAUUUGCCAGGCUCAGUGAGAGAUGUAGAACUCGAUUUGACUAGCCUUAGAGGUGUGGGUGGGUUACCAAAAUUCAUGAGUGUUGAAACCCUGCAAACAUUUGAAAAGCUGUGCAAGAUUGCUAUUCAUCCACCAUUUACAGUAGACCCAACAUUAUCAAAUUACGAUGCUGAAGGUGCAUGGCCAUAUCUGAUUGAUGAAUUUGUUGAAUAUUUGAAUGAGAAUGGCAUAAUGCAAAAAGGUCAGUCCACUGAUUGGAGCCAAAAACGGUGA